CGGGGGAGCGCUGGGGGGCCCGAUCCUGCGCAGCGCCGGGCACAGGGAAGGACCCGAUCUUGGCUCGGGGUUUGUACAGCGCCAAGCACAGCGAGGGCCCCGAUCCCUGCUCAGGAGCUGAGAGAGGGGCCCAAUCCCGGCUCGGUGUCCAUACAGCGCCGAGCUGAUGCAGGGGCCCGAUGGGGGCGCAGGGUAGCGCCAGGCAUGACCCCGAUCCCUACUCGGGGACGGUACAGCGCCGGGCACAGCGAGGGCCCCGAUCCUGGCCAGCGCCGAGCGCGGUGAAGGGUUGAUGCCGGUCCAGGUCCGUCCAGCACUGAGCACAGAUCUCGGCUCAGGAGCUCAGCAUGGGCCCAAACCUGCCCCCACCCCGGCCCCCCAGCGCCGUGGAGGGGGAUCCGGACUCUUCUGCCCCCUCGGGGCAGAUCGCGGGGCUGCGGCCCCUUUAAGGCGGCGCUCACCUGUGCUCACCUGCCCAGGUGGCUGCGGGAGGCGGAAGAGGGACCGGGCCGGGCUGGGGCCAUGUCCGCCUCCGCCGUCUUUGUGCUGGAUCUCAAGGGCAAGCCACUGAUCAGCCGCAACUACAAGGGGGAUGUGGACAUGGGUGAGAUUGAGCACUUCCUGCCCCUGCUGGCGCAACGUGAGGCCGAGGGCACACUCACCCCACUGCUGACCCAUGGCCACGUCCACUUCCUCUGGAUCCAGCAUGCCAACCUCUACCUGGUGGCCACGACACGGAAGAAUGCCAACGCCUCUCUGGUCUACACCUUCCUCUACAAGAUGGUUGAGGUCUUCUCGGAGUAUUUCAAGGAGCUGGAGGAGGAGAGCGUCCGAGACAACUUUGUCAUUGUCUAUGAGCUGCUGGACGAGCUCAUGGACUUUGGCUUUCCUCAGACCACAGACAGCAAGAUCCUGCAGGAGUACAUCACCCAGGAGAGCAACAAGCUGGACACAGGGCGGUCGCGGGUGCCAACGACAGUGACCAAUGCGGUGUCAUGGCGCUCGGAGGGGCUGCGCUACAAGAAGAAUGAGGUUUUCAUUGAUGUCAUUGAGUCUGUCAACCUGCUGGUGAGCGCCACGGGCAGCGUCCUGCUGAGCGAGGUGGUGGGCAGCAUCAAGCUGAAGGUGUUCCUGUCAGGGAUGCCUGAGCUGCGCCUGGGCCUCAAUGACCGCAUCCUGUUCGAGCUCACUGGCCGUCCAGGUGGCAAGAACAAAUCGGUAGAGCUGGAAGAUGUGAAGUUCCACCAGUGCGUGCGGCUCUCGCGCUUUGACGCCGACCGCACCAUCUCCUUCGUGCCCCCUGAUGGCGACUUUGAACUCAUGUCCUAUCGCCUCAACACCCAGGUGAAGCCCCUGAUCUGGAUUGAGUCAGUCAUCGAGAAGUUCUCCCACAGUCGUGUGGAGAUCAUGGUCAAGGCCAAGGGUCAGUUCAAGAAGCAGUCAGUGGCCAACGGGGUGGAGAUCACAGUGCCCGUGCCCAGUGAUGUCGACUCGCCCAAGUUUAAGGCCAGCAUGGGUAGCGCCAAGUAUGUGCCCGAGAGGAACGUUGUGCUCUGGAGCAUCAAGUCCUUUCCGGGUGGGAAGGAGUACCUGCUGCGCGCGCACUUUGGGCUGCCCAGUGUGGAGCGGGAGGAGGAUGAGGGCCGCCCGCCCAUCGCUGUGCGCUUCGAGAUCCCCUAUUUCACCGUCUCAGGCAUCCAGGUUCGUUACAUGAAGAUCAUUGAGAAGAGUGGGUACCAGGCUCUGCCCUGGGUGCGCUACAUCACCCAGAGUGGGGACUACCAGCUCCGGACCAGCUGAACGCCACCACCCAGUGGUGGAGGACCCUGCUGCCUCCAAGGCCUGAGUCUAGCACUCCCCUCUCUGCCCAGCUACCCCCAGGGGAGAACCCCCCCCAUAUGUUGCCCUGCCUUAUCUGCUGGUUUAUAAACAGAAUGUGACUGUU